CCAGUAACUAUGAUUAAUUAAGGAAAUUGAAAGAUUUAUCAAGAAAUUAUUGCCUGUGAUAACAUUUGAAAUCAAAUUUUUCUCAUUUACUCAGAUAAAGAAUCCACUUGUCUAUUAUUAUUCAUUAUAUCAAAAGUGACAUCCUUCUUUGGAACGGAACUUGGAAAAAAAAACUAUCUUUUCUAACCUGAAAUAGGAAAAAAUAUUUGAUAUAUCUUUAGAUAAUCUUCUGGCCACACGAAUUCUGUUCCAAUAAAAGUAUAAAAUCUCUCAUGACUAUGUCUGCUACUAGCGCAUCACCCUUGAAUUUUAGUAGUUUACCAUCCACAAUGAUAGUAAACAGCACUCAGUUUGCAAAGAUACCUUUGAAGAACUCAAUGAAUUUAACUACCGUGGAAGACUUGUCACCUGUUGGGUAUAGCAUAGCUGCUGUAGUGCUCUUCUUCAUCAUGUUGCUGGGAUGCUUCAAUAACCUGUUGGUUAUAAUAGUAGUAGGCGGAACUAAAAAACUCAGAACACCUAUGAACAGCAUCUUACUUAAUCUAAGUGUCAGUGAUUUUAUAAUUUCAGCAUUUGGGACACCCAUGAGCUUUGCGUCUGCUGUUAACAGGAAAUGGAUUUUUGGCGAAUUCCUCUGCGAAGCCUAUGCCUUUCUUAUGACUCUAACAGGUAUGACAGCCAUUGGCACCUUAGCAGCAAUCGCCAUUGAUCGUUAUAUUAUUAUUUCCCGGUCUUUCCGUGGUCAAGCCUUGUCUACAGUCUCCGCAACUGCGACCAUCAUUGUCAUAUGGGCUUAUUCUUUGGCACAGGCUCUACCUCCCUUAUUUGGUUGGAACAGAUACAUAGUGGAGCAUCCUGGCAUUGCCUGUUCUUUAGACUGGCAAACAGCUGAUACACUAAAUGCCGCCUUUAUUGCCUAUAUCUUCGUCCUUGGCUACAUCCUACCAGUGGCCAUCAUGAGCUUUUGUUACAUUAAAGUGAUAUGGAUCGUUAAAAAG